CAAUGACAGUGCCCUCCUGAGUAAAAAUGUUCCUUGGUGCCACUGCCACUGAAAACUGAAAAGUGAAAAUUGUUGACAAUUCAAAAUCAAAACUUAAAAAAUAAUAGGUUGUGUUCUUCGAAUGUAAGAAUAUAUAAUUGUAUUACCUACAAUAAUACAGCAAUAUUUCAAACGAGAUUGAUCAGAUCUGAUAAAGAGGAUGUAAAAAGUACGUAAACCGUGAAAAUCGUGAAUAAAUUAGAAAUGGUAUUUUUCAAUCUCUGGUCAGUGUUUCAGUGGUAUUUGAGGCCGUUUAUAAAAUGGUUUCUGCGGAAAACUACUCGUCUUUGUGAACUCCAGAGAAUAUGUUACGGUGAUAAAAUAGGAGCUCAACGUUCGUGUAACAUCGAGAAAUCCUUAAUGUUAUCAAGAACACGAGAUGUUCAGGAAGUCGUCGCGUUCUUAGACGCAGUAGUAAAAGAACGGAGGUUCAUUCCGACACUUUUCUCAGAAAUACUUGAUCCUACCGUGAACAUUAUAAUACGUGUUAAAAAGAUCAAUAAGAAGCUGCAUGACUCAUUCAGUCCACUGUUUCGCCAAUGUCUCAUACAGAUAUGGAGUUACAGACAGUUGGUAGAUGAAGUGGAAGAACUGCGAUGUACUCACUUUGACAGCAAUGACCCAAUACAUGAGAAAAAGUUGUUGAGGUUGUGGGGUUUGUUGAUGCCUGACAGACCACUGGAAGCAAGGAUUACUAAGGAUUGGCAGGAUAUAGGUUUUCAGGGUGACGAUCCAAAAACAGACUUUCGUGGAAUGGGACUUCUUGGAUUAGAAAAUCUACUGUACUUUGCUACAGAAUAUAGACAAGCAUCUAAUCAUGUUCUGAGCCAUUCAUUACACCCAAAAUAUGGUUACACAUUUGCCAUAGUGGGCAUCAACUUGACAUCCAUGGCUUACUACCUGCUUAAAGAUGGCUCCGCGAAAACUUACAUGUUUAAUUUAAAGCAACAUUUGCCCAGUAUUAAUUUGUUUCACAAGUUCUAUUGCUAUUUAUUUUAUGAAUUUGACAAAAUGUGGAUUGAAUCUAAACCUGAAAACAUGAUGGAAUUUUCUAUAAUAUUUAAGAAGUUUGAAAAUGCUGUUCGCACUGAACUGGCUGAUCCAGCGUCAGUGUUCAGAAUAAAUAUAGAAGUAGACACUAUAUAAUAAAUCUAUUUUUUGCCACUAGUGAAAUUUUUACACAUUAUUUUUAGCACAAACCUGAAUCUUAUGAACUACCUAU